AUGAAAUAUUCCGUACUGGUUCAACGCAAAAUGAUGUACUACUUUUUCGUUGCUUUCCGGAAGACCUGCGGUCUCUUCACUCCGCACCAAAUGCUGGGGCACCCACGGAUUGAUCAUUCCCUUCAAAAUCUGGCUUCCAAAGUUUUUCUACUCACUGUCCCUACCUGGUACAGUACACAUACGAUGCAUGCUUGUAUCUGUUGUGUCCGCCAACUACAUGAGCUGUACAGGUCGUCUUCAUUGUUCAUUUUCCCGAAUGCUGGGCCAUGGGAUGGGGUACCGGUAUGCAUGCAAGGUUCACAGAAUGCAAGGACGCUUCGAUCGUUGGCUUGGAAUGUCUCCACAUCAAUCGAGUCGGCUGACGAACUCGUCAAUGGCGCCAUCUUGGUUUUAAAAACGAAGCCAGUGUUUAGCUUGACGCACCACUUCUUCCCGAGUCUCAUCUUCUGUGGCCUCCUUCUCGAGACGCUCGAGUACUUCCAUGACCGCAUAGCCUCGGUUGUUGGUGUUCCUAGAUUCUGGUCUAGACGAGCAAGACCAGCAGAGUCCGUCUCUGUCUCGAGCCCACCGCCGAAGUGA